AAGGGCUGGGCUGGACGGCGGACGCGAGCAGCAACCGUCCUCCCGAACCUGUCCCCUCCCCGCUCUCUUGGCCACCUUGUCCGGCGCUGUGUCGGGACCCGGACACCCAGAACCGGUGGACACCCGCUCUCGCACCCUUCUACGUGAUCUGCACCUUUAAACUCACUCCGUCCCGAACCGGACCCGGGAGGCGCCUCCCACAUCCGUCUAACAUCACUUCCUUCCGAGUUACAAAAAAAAAAAAAACAAAAAAAUCUAGGAACGUGAGGGGUUGGGCUGAGCCGCGCGCGGGGACGGUGCGAACCUUGUGCUGGGACUCGGCGGUGCGUCGCUCAGCCCGGUGGUCCCGCGCAACGACUGCGGUGGAGAUGCGGCCUCGCCUCGGGGCCACCUGUUUGCUGGGCUUCAGUUUCCUGCUCCUCGUCACCUCCUCUGAUGGACAUAGUGGGCUUGGAAAGGGUUUUGGAGAUCAUAUUCAUUGGAGGACACUGGAAGAUGGGAAGAAAGAAGCAGCUGCCAGUGGAUUGCCACUGAUGGUGAUUAUCCAUAAGUCAUGGUGUGGAGCUUGCAAAGCUUUAAAGCCCAAAUUUGCAGAAUCUACAGAAAUUUCAGAACUUGCUCAUAAUUUUGUUAUGGUAAAUCUUGAGGAUGAAGAGGAACCCAAGGAUGAAGAUUUUAGCCCUGAUGGGGGUUAUAUCCCACGAAUCCUUUUCCUGGAUCCCAGUGGCAAGGUGCGUCCUGAAAUCAUCAACGAGAGUGGAAAUCCCAGCUAUAAAUAUUUCUACGUCAGUGCCGAGCAAGUUGUUCAGGGGAUGAAGGAAGCUCAGGACAGGCUGACGGGUGAUGCCUUCAGAGAGAAGCAUCUAGAAGAUGAGUUGUAGCAUGGAUAUAUCCCUUCUUUCAUCAGAGUUCAUGUUCUGGAAGGAAAGCAGCAGGAAAGUGAAUACCCAGAACAAUUAAACCAACCAGGAAACCUCGCUCCUACCUAUACGGGAAGGAGCUCUCUCACUGUGGAAGAGUUCUGCUGUCAGAAACUGGUCUGCAUGUUUGUGGAUCCAGCAGAGUAUGGCAGACUUUCUUUCCCUGCUCCCUCUCACCUAAAUGCCAAUUUGUCAUUGAAUGUAAAGAAUGAAACCUUUUGACACCAAACUUGAGCCUCCCACUUCACUCACCUUGGUGGUGAAAGGGAACCAGUAGCAUCUUUUCUGCAGUGUUCAAAUUGCAGAAAUAGCUUAUCAUUAAAAAAAAAAAAAUCCUAAAUGUAAAUCAGUAAUUCUAACCCCUACCAAGACCAGCCUGUGUUUUCUGUUUUUCCUCUGGGAAUAAUUGUGGGCUUCUUCCCAAAUCCCUGCACUCCUUCCUCUCUGCUUGGACAUCCCUGUUUGCACUCAUGCAUGUGCAGGAGUGUCUGGGCUUGAACUCACCUCCAGCUGGAAGCAUGCUUUCCCUUGUUACUGUUGGAGAAACUCAAACUGUCAACUCUAGGUUUCACCAUUUUGUCAGGUCAUCAACUGUAUUUUUGUACUGGGGUUAACUAAAAAAAAGAUAAAAUAUUGAUUGUUCCAUUAAACUUUAAUAAAACUUUAAAAGGAAA